AUGUUCUCAACAAUGAGAACAGAAUCAAGUCAGACGACUCUGGCCAGGUCAUAUUUGUUCGUGAAGGACAAGUCUCAGGCAGCGAUUGGAAGAGUGGAUCCCCUCCUUCGCUUGGACUUGGACUACUUGGGGGGGAAUGUGAUGAUUGCGACUGUUGUGUCACAGCCUUCUGUGGAAGCACAGGAUGGCCACCGAUUGGAAACAAAUGGAAAUGCCGUGGUGGUGCGGAUAAUUGUAAUUGUGGCUGCUCCCUUGGCUGCCUGUAAUUUUCAUGUUCGUUUUUGA